UUUAUCGACACUUUACUAGAAGUAAAUCAAAGCUCUGAAAUUAAAACUGCUUAGUUAUAUUAAUUUAUCUAUUGCAAAAAAAUCCACGCGUCCAAGUUCAGUCAAUUACUACGUAUCACUUUUAUACGCACAAUAUCUUAAUAUCAAUAUAACAUUAUUUAUAGUAAUUUAGAAUUUUAGGUUAAAUUACUAUAUAGCUUGAUCUAACCUAUAUUACUACGAUUUACCUGAAUUCAUCAUAAUUAUGAAUUCAGUAUAUAACGCACACAGUAGAAAUAUUUAUUAUGCAUUGUUUUAGUAUAACGUUUAAUAUAAAUAUCAUAAAAGUAUCAGUAUUAUAUAAAACUAGGAAACAUGUCUGAAACAGAUGAAAUUACACCAAAAAUAGAAUUUAAGAAGAAAAUACGUAAAUGCAUAAGAAAACGCCAAACAUCAACAGAUGACGAUGAUGAAUCUAAUGAAAAUCAAGAAAGUUCUGUCAGGAAAAAAGUAGAAGAAACUAAAAUUAUUCAAAAGUUACGGGAACGACCAAGUGGUGUAAAUAUUGUUGGAUUAGCAUUAGGAGAAAAAGUAGUACCUGAUAUAAUGACAUCAGAUCCCUUUAAUGUCAAAACUGGAGGAAUGGUGAAUAUGUCUGCUUUGAAAAAUACAAAGCUCAAACAAAAUGAUGCAUAUGAAACUGGUAUUGGUACACAAUUUAAUGCUGAAACUAAUAAAAGAGAUGAGGAUGAAGAAAUGGUUAAAUAUAUAGAAGAGCAAUUAUCGAAACGUAAAAGUAAAAAUAAAGAUGAGGCAGAUUCCAAUACAAGUAAUGAUAAAGGAUCAUAUUGCUCACCAGAAGAAGCUGCAUUACAAGCUGUACCAGAACAUCUCAGACAAAGUUCAGCUCAUCGUAGUGAAGAAAUGCUUUCAAAUCAAAUGCUUUCUGGAAUUCCAGAAGUAGAUCUUGGGAUAGAAGCAAAAAUUCGUAACAUUGAAGCUACAGAAGAAGCAAAAUUGAAAUUGCUUUGGGAUAGGCAUAGAAAAAAAGAUGGUCCAUCACAAUUUGUACCAACUAAUAUGGCUGUAAAUUUUGUACAACAUAAUAGAUUUAAUAUUGAAGAAUCAGAUUUCCAAAAGUCAAGACAAGAUAAUGAUGAGGAUAGAAAAAAAGUUGUGACCCCUAAAGAAGAUUUUAAGGGAAAACGGAAAGAUAAUGGUGAAAAAGCUACAGAUGAUUACCAUUAUGAGAGGUUCAAAAAACAAUUUAGAAGAUUUUAAAUAAAACUUUUAAAUGUAAUGAAAUAUGUAUAAUUUUUUUUUUAUUGAAGUAUCUAUAAUAAUUUUCUAUAGAAAAGUAUGUAUUAAGUUAUACACACAAACUGAAUGUUAUUUUCAAUUGUAUCUACAUGCGUUCAAAUUGAAUUAAUAUUCCAAUUACAUUAAGAUAUAUUGUCAAA